UGACGCUGCAGAAAGUGGACUGCUAGGGUUAAGUAGGGCACCCAGCUAGAAGACAAUAAUCCAUCCAACCGCCAUCCAAGAUCAGUCGACAAGGGCACUUCAGCCAUCGAUCUACACAUUUUUCACAAUAGGAUUUCGAUCACGCAAACGUUUGCCAGCCUUCUCGGCGUUCUCGCUAACCCAUCCGCCAUUUCGUCACACCAUAUCCGAUAAUCACCCGUAUUCGGCCUCUCCUUCAUGUUUUCGUAGAGAUCUGCUCACUUAUAACACUUAUAUAAAUUUAUUCGCUCCAUGGCACCCUCUAUCCUCCCAACCUCCGCCGAAAGCUUUGCAGAUAUGGAGGGCAAACACCUCAUCGUUGUCGCUAACCGCCUUCCCAUCACAAUCACGAAAGAUGCAGCAGGCGAAUAUCACUUCAAAAUGUCUUCUGGAGGGCUUGUAUCUGCCCUUUCCGGUUUCAAGAAGUCGUUGAGCUUCACCUGGAUUGGUUGGCCCGGUUUCUACAUCCCACCGAAAGACCGAGCUUAUGUUGACAAGCGUCUCAUGGAGGAGUACUCUUGUCAAGCUGUAUAUCUUGACGAUGACGUCGCCGAGGGGCAUUACAACGGCUUCUCCAAUUCCAUUCUGUGGCCACUAUUCCAUUACCAUCCCGGAGAGAUGAACUUCGAUGAGGAGAAUUGGCUCAUGUACCGUCAAGCCAACUUCCGUUUUGCGGAAACAGUACGCUCGCAAAUCACACCCGGCAGCAUGGUAUGGGUGCAGGAUUAUCACCUGAUGCUCCUUCCUAUGAUACUACGCGGCCUCGUUGACGGCUCAUCUGGAGGGGAAUACCAGAAACGAGAGCUGACGAAGAUUGCGGAGGGUAUUGAAGAGGAAGUUAACAUCUCUUCUGAAAGAAUACCCGACGUCAAGAUUGGGUUCUUUUUGCACACACCCUUCCCCAGCAGUGAAAUUUACAGGAUCCUCCCCGUUCGACGUGAAAUUCUUUUGGGUAUCCUCUUCUGCGACCUCAUUGGCUUUCACACUUACGACUAUGCUCGUCACUUUUUGUCUUCUUGCACGCGCAUCCUUGGCUUGCCCACAAUGCCAAAUGGUGUUGAGUUUGAGGGUCGCUUAGCUCACGUUGGGACAUUCCCUAUUGGCAUCGAACCCUCUUCAUUCAUCAAGAACCUAGAGAAGGAAUCCGUUAAAUCUCGCAUCGCUCAGCUGGAACAGCGUUUUAAUGGAGUCAAAGUCAUCGUUGGGGUUGAUCGUCUCGAUUACAUCAAAGGUGUUCCCCAGAAACUCCACGCCCUCGAGCUCUUCUUAACGCAGCACCCUGAGUGGAUCGGCAAAGUCGUGUUGGUCCAGCUCGCUGUGCCGUCUAGACAAGAUGUCGAAGACUACCAAAACCUACGGUCAACGGUAAACGAACUUGUCGGUCGCAUUAACGGACGUUUUGGUACAGUCGAAUUCAUGCCGAUACACUUCAUGCACAAGAGUCUAGCCUUCGACGAGCUGUGUGCCCUUUACGCAAUUAGUGAUGUUUGUUUGGUGACCAGUACGAGAGAUGGAAUGAAUCUGGUCUCGUACGAGUAUAUUGCUUGCCAGCAGGCUCGUCAGGGUGCAAUGAUCCUCUCCGAAUUCGCCGGAGCCGCGCAGAGUCUCAACGGAUCAAUCGUCGUGAACCCGUGGGAUCCUCAACAAGUCGCAGACGCGAUUCACGAAGCUGUCACGAUGGAUACAGAGACGCGUGCUGAGAACCACCGCAAGCUCUUCAAAUACGUCAACAAAUACUCCGCGGCCUUCUGGGGAACGAGUUUCAUCAAGGAAAUGAGCAAGCUGAAACAGGAUGAUGUGGACAAGGAGGGUCAAGCCGAAUUGACGCCGAAGAACGAUGAAGGCGCAGGCAGCGAGCUCGUUGGUGGACAAGUGCCUACGCCGCAGGUGGUGAGCCCAGGUGCAUAAACAUCUGGGAAGGCAAGUAACUUCUCUUUAGGCUCUGGGUCGGAUAAUUGCGUUGCAUACUUGGCGCUCGACUUGGGGUGCCGUUCGUUGGCUCUUCCAUAUGAUUAUUCCAUAUCUUGAAUGGUUUUCUAGAACAUAGAUGGGGUCUCACUUUACUUGACGAUGGAGAAUAAAGUAGUACAUAGUGGCAUGCGGUGAACACGUUUCUGGGAUGCAAGCCCGCUACCACUCGUUUAAUUCAUGAACGCUUAUACGAGAAUCCGUUCUGUAAGCGCAAAACGACCCAGCUGAUGACGGAAUAUCAGGGGUGGGCGCCCCAGGCGCUGGUACGUCAAGUUUCUCUGUAGACCUUCUAGAGAAGUGUAAAAGUUGCUCACCGUUCCUUCGAGAAAUGAAAUAGGACCGUCAUAGGCCCUCAACCAGUUACUUUUUUUAGCACGAGCGGCUCAGGGUUUCUUUUCGACGUUCGCUGGAAGCUG